AGCAUCCCAAAACCACGCGGUGAGACUAUCGAAAGCUUAAAAUUCUCACCUGACUGCAGACUAAUGGUGGUGAUAUCUUCGCAUAUGUACUCACAUGUGUGUCGGUUAUGGGAUACGUCAACUUGGAUUUGUCUGAAAUCGUUUGAAGAUCAAGAUAACAUUCGAGAUGCUGCCUUUCAUGAGACAGCAAACAGCUGGCAACCGUGUCGGAGGCCGGGGCCGUCCGCCUCUGGAAUACGCACACUGGAAAAUCAACGUUCCUCGAACCUGAUUCAAGUGCGAUAAUUUUCGUGGCAU